GUCUGACCGUCGAGGCAGGCGCUGCCGGCUCAGCGGGGUGGGACUGCGCAUGCGCGGCUGGCGCCCCGUCUGUCAAGAUGGCGUUCACGCUCGCCGCCUUCUGCUACAUGUUGGCCCUCCUGCUUACGGCCGCGCUCAUCUUCUUCGCAAUCUGGCAUAUCAUCGCCUUCGAUGAACUCAAGACCGACUAUAAGAACCCGAUAGACCAAUGCAACACGCUCAAUCCGCUGGUGCUGCCCGAGUAUUUCAUCCACGCGCUCUUCUGCGUCAUGUUUCUGUGCGCCACCGAGUGGCUCACGCUGGUGCUCAAUGUGCCCCUCUUCUCCUACCACAUCUGGAGGUACCUGCAUCGGCCGGUGAUGAGCGUGCCUGGCCUCUAUGACCCCACCACCAUCAUGAACGCUGAUGUCUUGGCCUACUGCCAGAAGGAGGGCUGGUGCAAGCUCGCCUUCUACCUGCUGUCCUUCUUCUACUACUUAUACAGCAUGAUCUACGUGCUGGUGAGCUACUAGCAUGGAGCACAGCUCCACGCCCAGCCUGGCCUCAAGAGAUCCAGCACAGGGUGCAAUCACUACAGCAAAAGCAUGCAGACUGCCUACAUGUGCCUAACCUGUACACACACUUCGCGUGCAUACACAUCCUCAUAUGUGCACAAAUGACACGUGCAUUCCGCGUGUGCACUUCCACAGAUACAGCACAUUCACGUGGAUACAACACUUCACAUGCACACACUUGUACCACCCGCCACUCCCGCAGCCUGGCGUCACAUUCCCCAGACUGCCGAUCCCCACUCCGUUGUCCAGAGGCCAUUUACGUUUUACCUUUUUACGCAAACCCGUUCGUGAAGGCAUACUCAUUAAUGUACAAACACAAAGCAGAUUGUUUGUCAAGUUUAAUUAGAAACUGCCUGUGAGGCUCGAGCCCGAUGCAGUUCACACCAAUGAUCGGCCUCCAGUCACCCCCUUCCCCACCCCAGUGAUGGACCCUAAUAAGAUGCCUCCACGUGCAAGAUGACGCCGGCCUCUGGUGUUAACUUUAAGGUGGGAGGAGGGGUGGGUGUGGCGGGGCAGGGCGGGUAAGGAGAGGUGACACUGCAGCAGUAGCGGCAUCGGGACUCCUCUAAUGAAGCCACGGGGAGCUCUGUAACUGUACUGCACCUAAUGCUCACGAACGUUGAAUCGGAGUGGCUGCACAGAACCUGCGUGGGGGGUGGGGGACGGUAUGCUGUGUGAAUUGGUUUACUAAGAGCGCUUGGACUUAGACCCCUGUUUGGAGUUAUUGUUUUAAUUGUCAACCAAUCAGUUGUGCAAAAAAAAUCACAAAUGUGUCAAUUAUGUAACCACCUCCCCACAGCACAGGCAGGGGGUGGUGAAAUCUGCCAGCUGUGGUCAGGGCAGCCCACAGGUGCUGAACUGAGUGCAGGGAUCAAACCGCAUGGCUGCAGACCCCCCCCCCCCCCCGAUGCAAUUUGCUCUGUGAGGUUACAGAGGUUUACCUGGGGAAGCACUGUGUUUGUUGGUUAAGAGUGUGCGGUUCCCCCACGACUUACGUGUGCUUUGACCCCAACGAUUUCGAUUCUUGUUUUUGAGUAAAUGUGUACAAUUGCAUGCCAAUAAAACACAGUUUGAUAA